GUGGUCUUUAUGAUUCGAACUGUUACUAUGGUAAAAUCGAUUUUCUACCUGUUUUGUGAUACUGUCCUGAAUGUGAAAGAAAUUAAGAAUAUGAAUAUGGUGUGCCGUUGAACGACAUAAAAUUACAAAGAAUCGAAAUGACGUUGUCUUUGACAAGGAUUGAUUAUACCGCUGUUGGUUCUACUUCACGAGGGACCACGAGAUUACUCCCUGUGCUUGAUUCUAAACAAACACAGAAAUUUGUUGUCGGCGAUCACGAUGGAAUAUUGCACAUUUAUGGUAUGAAAAAGGACGAUUUGCAGCUCUUUUUUAAAUCUCUACCAGGACCGAAGAUUAGCAAAGUCGUACUCGGCGGGGUACUUGGUAAUCAGAAGGAUAAAAUAUUCAUUGCCUACGAGAGUUCUGUCAAAGGCUAUACUAGAAAAGGAAAAGUAUUCUUAGAAUUUGACACCAACCUAUUGGAUCCAAUUUCUUCUAUAUGUGUUCUUGGACCAGAUUUGGUAGCCUGUGCUAAAGAUCUGUACCAUCGGUAUCACGACUGCAGAGAUGCUGAUGCAUAUUUGGCUGGAGAGAGAGUGAUGGAUGCUAUACUUCUACCAACAGAUAGCUCAAACGUUAUUGCUGUGCUUGCAUGUGGGGACUCUGCUGUUCGUGUUCUACAUGGUGGUAAGACUCCAACUUUACUGAGAUUAACUACUAUUCCAACAAUACUCGUAGCCUACAGAGAAGGUGAUGUGGAAUCCAGAGAUCGUAUUCUGGUAGGAGCGAUAGAUGGUAGAGUUGGCUUAUUAAUUCUCCAGAAUGAUAAGACUUUGAGAGUCACAUGGCUACUUAAUAAUACUGGAGCUGAAAUCACAUCGUUGGACACCUAUGAACUGCAGGAUGGUUUGGACAUUAUCGUCGGACGACAAAACGGAAUAAUCGAAAUUUUUGCCUAUCCCGAAGAAGAUGAUAGUAAGCCUGUAUUAAAAUACCGUCACAAUUGCGGCGAGAGUAUCAGUACUGUUAUUGGGGGCAUUGUUGGAGAUGCGGGAUAUUCCGAAGUUUUGGUAACUACGUACUCCGGACGAAUAUUUGGUCUCACAACGAAACCACCUGGUUUGUUAGAAGCUGGCCAGGAUGAUGGGAUGGUAGCGAAACUGAAACUAGAAAUUGAGCAAUUAGAACAAAAAAUAAUUCAAGAAAGGGAGUCUUUUGAUCUGGUAACCGAUGUUUUAGCACCACCAAUACUGUCAGUUAAUUACAGGAUGCUGAUCAAUAAAGAAGAUGCAUCCUACACUUUGUCAAUUGAAUUGGAAAGUCCCAUUGAUAAUGUGCUACUUCAUUCCGAUACUCCCGUGGAUCUGCUUGACGUUGAAAGUAACAGUGCUGUUGCCAGUUUAUCAGCAUGUGAUCCUAAGUCAGGAAACUAUGUUCUGGCUACUUAUAGAUGCCAGAUUAAUACGAACCGAUUAGACCUACGGCUGAGGACGAUCGAAGGACAGCCAGGACGUUUACAAAUUUACGUGACUUCACAGGUUCAACCAAAAUGCUGCCGCCGAAUACAAAUUCCCAUACCAGCAUUAUCGUUCCACUCAAGAAUUCACAAAGAUGAGAAUACUAUGGUACUGGGCGGACCGUUUAAUGAAUUAAAUUUACGUGGUUCAUUUACUGCUGCUGAGAUUCAUGCUUGGCUCUCAUUAGCACUCCCUGAUGUUCCUGAAAGACCACAUUUGGAAAAUGGAGAGGGUUUCCUGAUAUUUACAUCUACCUUCGUUGGAACCAUGCUUAAAUGCAAUUACAAAAAGGGUACUGCGAUUUUUAUGGGUGAAAAUAUAUCGAGCAUUAUGAUCUUGCGUGACAUAUUGACUGGGGAAGCUACCAAGAGAAAAAUAAAGCUCGAUGUUUAUUGUAAUGUGAUUGAAGGAAGCGUAUCAAGGGUAUUGGAUCUAGUGCUUCCCCGGAUCCAAGCAGCACAAAAGCUGCAGGAACAAAUCAAAAUUUUAGAUGCUCUCCAGGAGUGGGAACUUAACACAAUCCCAGAUCAACUUUGCCCAAGAUAUCAAGUAUUACUGAAAGAGGAGACAAAGCUAAGAUCAGAAUUUGCAAAGGAUCCUGAUAUGCUGGAAAGAUUAUAUGGACUGAUUACUGAUUUAUACGUCGAUUGGAAACGAGCAAAGGGUGGUCGAAGAAUCACAAGUAUAGUAGCUUCAGAGAAGCUGAGGCCAGCUGUGGAAUCACGAGAUAUAACGUUAUUGCUACAGAUUUUCACUGGAACGAAUAGUUCAAUAGAUGUACCAGCUUCAUCCCCACCUCACAUUCAGACCUAAGAUCGAGUAAAGAGAAAAAUCAAUAUUUAUAAACAUAAAUCUUUGCAU